AUGCUGCGUGAAGCCGCGACCUUCAGUUUAGCGAACCCCAAGGCGGAUACCUUGCCCUCCGGUGGCCGUGCCCUCGCCUCUCUGGUUCCCGAAUACCAGAAACUCUAUGAAGCCCAGUUCCGUUUCCAGGAGCCCUUUGAUCCCGUCGAUACAGUACAGUACGUCGCACAUGCGAUGCUCACCUCCAGCCCCGAAGAGGUUUACACCCAUGACAACCUCAUUAUUGAGCCGGAUCUGAAGGUAUGUGCAUCCACUGCCACCCCCCCCCAGGCCAGAUGUGUGUGUGAGCAAGAGGAUGUUUGA